AAGCGGCUUGUUUGUAAGUUUUUAGUCGUUUGAGUGGAAUUGUUAUUAAUAUCAAGACAUAUAGUAUCUAUUAACAUCUACUAGUAGAAUAUUACACUCAAGUUUUUCUUACUAGAAAGUCAUCAAUAAACAAACAGCAUCAUGACUACUAUGCCAGUAAAUCCAAAACCCUACCUAAAUGGUCUUAUGGGUAAAACUAUUAUAGUUAAGCUUAAAUGGGGCCACGAGUAUAAAGGAUUCUUAGUCUCCACUGACAAUUACAUGAACAUACAAUUAGCCAGUGCAACAGAAUUUGUUGAAGGUAGUGAGCCUGCUUUAUUGGGAGAAAUCAUGGUUAGGUGUAAUAAUGUGCUUUAUAUCAGAUCAGUUGAUGAUGAAAACGAAGGAGUUGAUGCAGAGAUGAAAGAUUGAAUGAUUAACAAAGUUGAGAAAAUAAAAUGUUAACUUUUUAUGUAUUUCUAACAUUAAAAAUUAAUUUUCAUUGUAUAAAAAAUGACUUGAAAUUAAAUACUUUUAUAUAAACUAAACAAUUUCUUAAAUGAUUUCUAUUAUUACACUAAGGGUUAAUUAAACUAUUUGGCACCCUAUAAUAUUAAAAUUUCAAUAAGUAAUACUAAAAAGUUGUUGACUUGAGUUUAAGUUCUUGUCAUUAUUUGUAAAAUUUGUAAGUUAUUAGCCCCAAACAACUCAUAGUAUCUUGCAUUUUUUGUAUGUUUAUAAAUAAGAUAAGAAAUUAAAGAUGAUUGGGCCAACAAGGCAGUAUCUUAAUA